GUCGAACUGAGCUCAAUAAACGACAGGAGAAGCGAACAUCUGUCCGUACAUCAUGAAAGGACGUCAGAACAUUUAAGAAAACACGGGGACAAGGAAAAUAUCUGUUAUGACGGAAGAAUGGAGUUCCCAGACCAUAGCCGCCAGUUGCUGCAGUGCCUGAGUCAGCAGCGUCACCAAGGUUUUCUCUGUGACUGCACUGUUCUUGUAGGGAAUGCACGAUUCAAAGCGCACAGAGCCGUUUUGGCUUCAUGCAGCAUGUACUUCCAUCUCUUCUACAGGGACCAGCCAGACAAAAGGGACGUUGUGCAUCUGAACAGUGACAUUGUGACAGCCCCGGCUUUCAGUCUGCUCCUUGAGUUUAUGUAUGAGGGGAAGCUGGAAUUCAACACACUGCCAGUGGAGGAUGUCCUGGCUGCGGCCAGUUACCUUCACAUGUAUGAUAUAGUGAAAGUGUGCAAAAGCAAGCUGAAAGAUAAGGAACUGUGCUACCUGGAUGAGAAGGUUAGCGAGGGGAUAGCACUGAGCUGCCUGAACAAGGAGACCUCCUCAGACAGCGAGCUGCAGAGCAAGCAGCCAGGGCCAGGCCGGCGACAGACACAGCAGCUGCCCCAGAGAGCCCCCCCGGCAGAGGAGUUUGACAUGGACAACAGCGAAGUCAGGCUGGCUGUCACAGAUUGUGAUAGGUCUGCACAGAGCAGGCAGAAGGCAAACGGUCAUCCUGGCAGGUCCCCGGACCUUGUAGGUGUCAAUUAUGUGUCAGCAGAGGCCGAGCCCUGCGUCCAAACAGCUGGAAAAACAAAAGCUGAUGUCAGUAGUUGCACAGUAUUGCUGUCCCAGAGGUCCCGGGCUUCAGUUGACAUGGACUGUGCUCUGGAUUUGUCUUUCAAGCCACUGUCUAGCAGAGAUCCCAUACACCCCUCCUACAUCUCGGGACAGCUGGCCCUCGACAGCCAGCAGCAGGGCACUGAGCCACUUGUUAAAGAUGAACACGACUUGCUGUCAGAGCAGGAGGACAGUGAGGCGAUGAGCCCGGAGAGCCAGCGCUUUGGGAAUAGUGCCAGGAGCUCAGUGGUGACAGGGUUCGCUGCCCUCUUCCCAGGCAACAACGGCUCCACAUCGAGGAGGGGGAGGCUGCUGGGGGACAGUGAGGAGGAGGAUGACCUGGCCUCCUCGGACAUCUCCACCUCCAGUGGGGUGCUGCUGCCCCCGGGGCAACAGGUGUGUGUGUGUCCACUCUGCAGCAAGGUGUUCCCCAGUCCCCAUGUGCUCCAACUGCACCUCAGCUCGCAUUUCCGCGAGAAGGACGGGGCGCGCUCCAAGCUCUCCCCCGACGGCUCUGUUCCCACCUGCUCACAGUGUGGCAAGACCUUCUCCUGCAUGUACACCUUGAAGCGGCACGAGCGCACACACUCUGGCGAGAAACCAUACACCUGUGGCCAGUGCGGCAAGAGCUUCCAGUACUCUCAUAACUUGAGCCGGCAUGCCGUGGUUCACACACGUGAGAAGCCUCACGCCUGCAAGUGGUGUGAGCGGCGCUUCACCCAGUCUGGGGACCUGUACCGCCACAUCCGCAAGUUCCACUGUGGCCUUGUCAAGACCCUCGCCAUUGGAUAAACCCCUCUCACCAGUGCCAUGAAA